AUGGCAGACGGAGAAGGACAAGGUAAUCAGCCCGUUUUAGUAGAGGUAGUAGAGGUUUACAACCCAACAGGACCAGGAGGAGGUUCAAGAGGAGCAAAGGUCAAGAUACUUAGCACGGGACGGCAUAUUACAAGGGUUAUUUAUGGACCAGUUAGAACAGGUGAUCAGAUAUAUCUGUUAGAGGCGGAAAGAGACCAAAAGUUAGGAGGCAGCCGGCGUUGA